AUGCCUAUUCCAAAACCUCAUGGUGGUAAAUUAAAUGAUUUAGUUAAAAGAGAUGAAACCAUCAAAACAGAUUUAUUAAAUUUAUCAUCCACAAUUCCAAAUUUAAAAUUAUCACCAAGACAAUUAUGUGAUUUAGAAUUAAUAUUAAAUGGUGGGUUUUCACCAUUAAAUGGAUUUUUAAAUGAAGAUGACUAUAAUGAAGUUGUUGAAAAUUUAAGAUUAAAAUCUAAAACCAAUUCAAAUGGUAAAGGAUUAAUUUGGCCAAUUCCAAUUACUUUAGAUGUUGAUUCUGAAUUUGCUAAUUCUGUUAAAAUUGGUGAUAAAAUUUCAUUAAUUGAUUUAAGAGAUGAAAAUCCUUUAGCUAUAUUAACUAUUGAAUCUAUUUAUAAACCAAAUAAAAAAUUAGAAGCUGAAAAAGUAUUUAGAGGUGAUCCAGAACAUCCUGCUAUAAAAUAUUUAAAUGAAACUGCAAAAGAAUAUUAUAUUGGUGGUUCAUUACAAGGUAUAAAUUAUCCAAAACAUUAUGAUUAUAACGAAUUAAGAAAAACUCCUUUAGAACUUAGAAAUGAAUUUAAUGAAAAAGGUUGGUCACAAGAUAAAAUUGUUGCUUUCCAAACUAGAAAUCCAAUGCAUAGAGCUCAUAGAGAACUUACUAUUAGAGCAGCUUCAGAUAUUGGUGAAGGUUCACACAUAUUAAUUCAUCCAGUUGUUGGAUUAACAAAACCAGGUGAUAUUGAUCAUCAUACAAGAGUUAAAGUAUAUAGAACUAUAUUGGAAAAAUUUCCUCAAGGUUUAGCUUCAUUAUCUUUAUUACCAUUAGCUAUGAGAAUGGGUGGUGAUAGAGAAGCUUUAUGGCAUGCCCUUAUAAGAACCAAUUAUGGUGUUGAUCAUUUUAUAGUUGGUAGAGAUCAUGCAGGUCCUGGUAAAAAUUCUAAUGGAGUUGAUUUUUAUGGACCAUAUGAUGCACAAGAUUUAUUAAAAAAUUAUGAAGAAGAAUUAGAAAUUAAAAUUGUUCCAUUUAGAAUGGUUACUUAUUUACCAGAAGAAGAUAGAUAUGCACCAAUUGAUACAAUUGAUACUAAUAAAGUUAAAACUGCAAAUAUAUCAGGUACAGAAUUAAGAAAUAAAUUAAGAACUGGUGAUUCAAUACCUGAAUGGUUUUCAUACCCUGAAGUAGUUAAAAUUUUAAGAGAAACUAAUCCACCAAGAUUUAAACAAGGUUUUGUUAUAAUUAUAGAAAAUAAUGAUAAAUUAGGUCAAUAUUUAAGUUUUGCUUUACAAAGUACAUUAAAUCAAUUUAAUGGAGAAAGAAGAAUCACCAAGAUAGAUGAUGAUGAAAACAAAUUUGAUGAAUUUUUAAUUAAUGAAUUAGUUAAAUCUGGAGCUGGUGUUAUUUUAACUACAACUAGUGAAAAAAUUGGUAAUUCAAUAGCUAAAUUAAUUGGUAAUGAUAACUCAAUAAUUAUUAAUUCAAAUUAUGCUAAUGGAAAUAGUAAUUCAUCAACAAGUAAUGAAUUUAAAUUGAAUAAAGAUUUAAAUGUUACAAUCGAUCAAAUAAUUUCACAUUUACAAAAUCAAGGUUUUUAUUAA